UUUGAGCAGACAAUAUACAUGUGUCAGUCUACUGUUUAAAUAGAUCCGUCUUCGUCUAGUGACAAAUGAUCGUCGUAAAUAUACUUCGUAGAUUUGAGGUACACUCAACCCUCCUCGUUGCUUUUCUCUGUCUGCUGCAUCAGUUUGCCGCUCCCGAAGACAUGCCAGUAGGUGUGGAUUUCGAAGUUUACGGCCGAGUUCAAGGUGUCUUUUUCCGCAAGUUUACCCAGUCAAAAGCUAAAGAACUUGGAUUGAGUGGAUGGUGCAUGAAUACCGAUCACAACACAGUUGUGGGAUACGUCGAAGGGGAGAAAGGAAAAGUCGAAGAAAUGAAAAAUUGGCUGAGAACGACUGGUAGUCCGCAGUCAGCCAUCGAUAAAGCUGAAUUUCGCAAUGAGAAGCAGCUGGACAUGCUUACACUUGACAGUUUUACCAUUAAAAAGAAGUAAUCAACGUCCCGUGAGAAAUUGGAGCAAUCCAGCCAAUUAUAUAUUUAUAAAUGUGUCAUUUCGACUCUAAUAUCGAACCCAAAAGCAAUAAUUUAGCCUUUUCGGAUAAACAACUAGAAUGAAUCAGUGUGUUAAGUGAAUGUCAAUCAAAGUGUCAUAGAAAAAUGUGUAAUUUUCAA